UUUGAUGUGCACGUGGAUGUCAUCCAUAUAAUCAAUGUAUCUUGGCCUUAUUUAGCUUAUUUGAUUAGAAUGACGCACUGAAAGUUCGGAAGCUACGUGGGUGUUUCCCGUUAAUGUUUCCUCGUCACUGGGGAGUUCUUGUUGUUUCCUAUGAUAUAAGGACCAGAGCUCUGCGACUUAACACGGGAAUCCCCAUCGACAGACGCACGCAUUGCUGUCCAGAUCUACUGCCUGCCAACAUCGACGGCACCCUACUCCAGAAGGUAGCUGAUACUGACCGAGAAUGGCGAGACCAGAAGCCUGUAUGUUCCUGCUCCUAGGGAUAGCCUUGGUCGCGGCUUACCGCACCGAGGCAUGGGACUGCCAAGACGGCGGUUGCGGCACCCAGCUUCAACCGGCCGGCGUCCCCCUACCACCCACCGCGGCCUUCGACUGGCUCCCGGACGGCAAGGGAGACGAGGAGAUGGAAGUCCGCUCCCUCCGGAACAUGCCGUCCAGCUACAAGCAGCGCUUUCUCCUCAAGUCGCUCCUCCGUCAGAUGGGGGUCGCCAUGCGCCUGCCACCGCUCGGGAAACAGAAGAACUGAGAAAUAGCCCUGGCAUUAGCCAGUUGCGGCGUGGUCACAUUUGUCGUAUGAUUUUGAUGUCGUAGAAUUUUCAAUCCGGCUGUGACACGACCAAAGCAUGUAAAAACCGCUUCCAUAUCAAGACAGAUGGAUAUUUUAAGCUACAGACACGAGUGCACCAAAUAUAACAUCAUUUUUCAAUCUUACGACGAUCAUACAACCAAUGUGACGCGACCCUUAAGCAUUGCUGUCUUACCUGGAUGUGUCUGUAGCGACUUACUAAUAUUUAAAAUCUCGUUGAUUUAUUGUUUAUUCAGUGUGCAGUGUGCAGUUAUGUCUUUGCUUGUAAGGCCAAAGGCCAGAGAGACACAAUGCAGGAAUAAAGCAAUCAACGCUUUAAAAAUGA